AUGUCUCGCCCUGGCACUACCCUGUAUGUCACCGGUUUUGGGCACGGAACUCGAGCUCGCGAUCUUGCCUACGAAUUCGAACGAUAUGGCCGUCUUGUUCGGUGUGAUAUACCAGCGCCGCGUACCCCAUCUAGCAGGCUGUUCGCCUUCGUGGAGUAUGAGAGCCGUCGUGAUGCAGACGAUGCUUACCAUGAAAUGCACAAUAAGCGAAUCGGUCGCGAUGACCUACUGAAAAUUGAAUGGGCUCGAACGCCUCCAUCUGCUUCUUGGCGGUUCGACUCUGGCCGUGACCGCCGCCGCGACCGUACUCCUCCACGCCGUGGCCGCUCGCCAUCCCCUCGACGUGCUCGUGGUGACUAUUCUCCUCGAAGAGACGAUAGAUACGAGCGGGAUUAUGAUCGGCAUGAUCGCGAAUACGAUCGCCGUGAUCGAGAUUAUGACCGUCGAGACCGUGACUAUGACCGGCGCGACCGCGACCGUGAACGCUCUCGUGACCGUUCUCGCAGUCCUGAUGAGCGGGACCGUGACAUUAAGGAUGAUCGUGAGCGCCGUGAUGACGACCGUGAGCGCCGAGACGAUGAGAAUGAAAAUGCACCAAAUGGAGAUGAUCGAAAAGUUUCUUUAGAUCCCAUGACUUCGGCUCAUGAUGAGCUUGAUACUGCUGAGUAG